CACUUUGCCUGAUUACAUGUACAUUUUACACCUUUUCCAUGACAAGUGAGCCAGGAUUAUGAGCUUUUCGUCCAUGACUUGGCAUAUAGAGAGAAGGAAGACGAAGAAGAAAAUAAUUUGAAGAUUUUUUGCGGAGAGAAGGGACUGGGAUUUGACUCUGUUGUGGAGUCUGCUGGAAGAAACAAAGUCACUAACGCCAGGCAACUUAACUGAACGCGUUUUACAUUUUAAGUUUCAGAUACAACCUGAAACCCCAAGAGGAACCUCUCCAAGGAGCUGGCAGAUCCGAGCCUGACUCAUGCCCUCGCCUUCCUUCCAAGAAGCAACUACUGUCAAGAAUCUGAACAAGACCAAGAAGGGUCCUUUUCCACCACGGGAGUUAUUCAGUCUACAGAAACCUGCGGAAAGUGAAUUACUCAACUGAAUUUGCAGCUUCAUGUCGUUUUUUGGUGACACUAAGUGCCUUGGUCUGUUUCAUGCUGCUAUAACAAAAUACUACAGACCGAGUCAUCUGGGAAGAAUGGAAAUCUAUUUCUCGCAGUUCUGGAAGCCGGGAAGUGCAAGAUCAAGGCUCUCCGUGGAACCCUGAGGCUGAGUCCCGUCUGCCCGCAGCUGCUGCCGUUUGCAUCCCUGGGCACGGAGCUCUGAAACUCGACCCUGGCAAGGACCAGCCCUAUCCCCUUGGAGGAAAUGGCUGAGCGGCCUCAGCAACAGCAGAUGAAAACUUCCUUCCUCUUCAUCCAGCUGCAGGCCCCCCCUGCCCGAGCUCUCCCCGCCCAGUCUCCAGCCACUGCAGCCUCCACAGCAGCCCCAGGGGGCCUGGAGGAGGGACACAUUUUCCCAAGUCCCAGGACAAACUUCUUGGCAGGCCGGGACCUCAGGCGCACACAGGGCUUAGCUGCUUCUCCUUCAAGCCUGCUGCAUGGGGAAGGCCUUGGGACAGUGGAACCAGCUGCUUUCAGUUGCUGUUCACUGAAGAAGGAGGAGGGAAAGCCAAAAGCCCAGGACCUGCACCUCAGAUCCCCACAUUGUAGGCACUGCCUGGCCCCUGCCUCCAGGAACCGCGCCUGCCCACAGCCCCUGUCAUGCAGGCGUGCUAGCCCGGCUCCUAUCAUGAACGAUGGAAGCAGCAGUGCCCCCGUGGGCUGGCAGCACUGGCCUGUCUCUUCUGCGCCCCAGGACCUGUGGGGCAUGGACACCCCGGCCAGGAACGCCUGGGGAUGCUCGACUCCGCAGGCCACCUGGGCCCAUGCUGUGGACAGGGGUGAAAGGGCUGGGCUGAGGAGUGGCGCUGCCACCUACCAGGGGCUCCCACAGAGCUGUGGAGAGGAGGCUGGCACCACGGUUCUGGCAACAAGGGCACAGCUCCAUAGAUACUGCCCGGCUCUGCAGAUCAGCACAAGCUCCCCGGCCCCACCUGCGGCUCCACCUCUCAAGGUAAGAAUCUGUGUGAGCCUAAAUCCCCAGACUCGAGCUGCUCCUUCAGCAGAGGAGAUGGAGACGGGGACAGCCGUGCCCUCUGUGGCUCCCAGUCCUGACCCUGAGUCUCCCUCUGCUGUGGAGGACCUGCCUAUGGACAGCAGAGGUGCCCCCCAGCCUCAGCCCUCCCCGGCCUGGUCUGGACUCUUUCCUGGGGGCUCUGCCACCUUCCCAGCCCCUGGCAACCUUCCAUUUGGAAAGAGACAAUGA